CACGGCAACGUGACGUGCGGCUCCCCGCUGCACGGUGCGGCUUGCUCCGGCGGCGCGGGCGCGGCGUCGGCGGCGGAGGGAGAGGGGGAGGAGGGGUGCGACGUGGGCGGCGGGCGGCGCGUGGCGGAGGGCGCCGAGUUCUCGCUGGGCGACCCGUGCACGCGCUGCCGCUGCGAGGCCGGCGGCGUGGCCACGUGCCGCGCCGCCGCCUGCCCUCCUCAGGGCAACUGCUCGCACGGCGUGCUGCUGCCGCGUACCUGCUGCCUCGACUGCACCAAGUGCGACUACCAGGGUCAACUGUAUCAAGAGAUGGAAGUUUUUCAGCCUAAAGGAGAGCCAUGCAAGAACUGUCUAUGUUUGAAGGGGAAUGUAAUUUGUCAGAACCCGUGCAUUCCUCCGCCUAAGCCUCUAAGAGUUGGUGAAACUUUGAAUGAGCGACCAUAGUGCAUAAUCCUCCAGAUGUAAGGUUGAGAAAAUGUCAGAAUGAAGUUUGAGGUAUGUAGGGGAUGUGAUUUAUGAUUACAUUGAUUUAUGUCUUGAUUAAUUCAUACUUAAAAUUAUUAAGUUAUAGGAUUUUCAUCUAGUUGCGUUUCUUAUUUCUAAUCCCAUCUGUUCUUAAAAAUUCAAAAGAAGAUGCUUCAUAAUAGCUUUUGCUUCACAUGAAAACAGUGAUCAGAUUUUUAAUUAAUUUAUGUUUCUCAGGAGACAAUUAUUAUAUAAAAUAUCAUAUCGUAAAAGAGACAUUUAUUAGGAAUUAGACUUUUAAAAUGAAUUUGUGAUUUAAUUUACAAAUAAUUGGUUUUUACAUGUUAGGAAUAGAGAUCUUAAAAUGCCUCAUUUAGUUCCUUUUAAGAAAUACUUAAUAUGUAUCUUGUACUCCCCACAUAUAACAACUUUAAAAGCAUUGGCUAAUUUGUCAAUUUAAAUAAAUUUUGGUGCUUUCUUUUACUGUCUCAUCCAAUGUGUUCAAGAUGAGAGUAUGUUACAUGUGGAACUGUAUAUUUAGAUUAAGGAUGUUCUUCUUGAUAAAUAUUUAUUUUGCAAGAUCCAAAGGAUCAAUUUUGAAACUUGAAUUGAAAGUUACAACAGUUUGUGAAUGUAACUCGUUAAGCUUCUUCAACAUAUAUAACAUCACAAAAUAGGAAUGAACAACAAGCAGAUUCUAUUGUAUUAAAAAAUAUUGCAAUUUCUUAUGUGUACCAUUUUUAAUGUUCUAAAUUGAUUUUCAAAUAUUUCCCAAUAGUUUAAAAGUUAAGAUUUUCAUCCUGUAAUAUGAGUAUGGUUGAAUCAACCAUAAAUUUUUUUGCACAAAUUACUACUAAGUGUAAUACAAUUUAAUUUUCUAAUAUUGUUCCACCUAAAUAUUUUAUUCCUUACAUUUUUUCUGGAUGUUACGCUUGUCUUCCACAUCACAAGAAUGUGAUUUGUUAACCAGUUCUGGUAACUAUUGUGAAAACAGACCAAAAGAUGAUUUGCUAAAGGAGAAGUGAUCAAUAUUUUCAAAGUACAUUAAUGAUAUACAUAUCUGAGAGUAAGACAAUUAAAAAAGUCGAGGACACUUUUCUUGGAUUUUCAUGCAAAGACGAAAACCCAUUUUUUGACAAAUAUUAUCGUUGUGAAAAUAAAUGUAGAUAAAUAUAUAAAUUUCCUGUGCAUCUCUUUAGAUUGUGUCAGUAGAAACAUAGUUUCUAUCUAUAUAUAUAUGCAUGUUUCAUGACAAAAUUACUUAGUUAAUUAUGACUUUUUGGUGAGUUAAGGUAGAAUUUGGAAAGACUUAAUAUUCAAAGAGACUACAUAUUAGAAUGGUCAAGUGUAAACUCAUUCUUAUCAUGAGGUAGUAAAACUUAUUUGUGUAUCUUUUCAUACUUUUUAUAUAAAUGAAAUAUUGGCCUACUGUUUACACUAGGGUAUAAACCGGUCAUAAAGUCACAAAACAUUGCAUUGUGUCAUUAAUAAAAAUCAUUAACUCUUCCCUAUCUUACAGUUCAAACUGCAACGAAUUUUAAACACCAGUAAUAUAAUUGUUUUGUAGGAGAUGAUCAUAAAGGAAAGAUUCUGAAACUAUAUAAUUUUAUCAUAAUUUUAUUAAUUACAAAAAUCUUAUUUCAAAUAGUUAGGUUUUGAGAUUUCAGCCUUAUAAUUGUAAACAAGCUAACGAGCUCAGUUGUUUUUAAUGAAAUUCUAUGUUACUACAAUUAUAUAGCGUUUUUGUUUGAAACUGACAAUAUUCUUGUUCCUUUCGAAUAUGUGCACCAAUCUGUAAUGAAAGUCAAAAAUCUUACUGUAGUUGUUUUUGUACCAUUUCAUGAAAAGAUGACAUCAAAGAGAGGUCUGUAUUUGGCUCUUAAUACUCUUUAGAUUCUGAACAAAACAGUUUAGAGCAUAGAACACUGAUUUCACAUUUGGGAGGACUGGGUUAAAUUCCCUUACCAGUCAUCCUGAACAGGGUUUUUGUGGUCUCCCUCAGUCAUCUAGGUGAAUGCUGGGAUGGUUCUAUUGAAGGUCCACGGCCAUAAAAUUGGCAUUGCUAGCCAAAUUUGUUAAUUACACGCAGUCAUGAAGGUUAAGCGAAUUCGAGAUAUUGCGAGAUCCUGGUUGGGUGACCAACAAGGAACUCUGGGAUCUAACGGUGCUGAGGUCAAUUACUCUUUACAGGACAUAAUGGCUAAAUAUAAAUACAAAUACUCUUUUUGAUGGAUUUUGAUUUUGUACUUUGGAAUUGAAUUUUGAAUUUGCAAUGAUUGAUCGGAAAAUCCUGGCUUUCCUUUAUUCUUUUAACUGGGAGUUCCUUGGUUUUGAAUCCUGAUGGUGGUAGGAUUUUCAACUCCAGUUUAUCAGCUAGUCUCACUGGCUGCUCUGAUCGGUAUUUUUCCAUGGUUUCUCCAUUCAACAUCAAACAAAUGCUGGAGCAGUACCCUAACAAAUGGACCCCAGACCAUGUGCAAUGUUGCCUUCCUUGUCACCUUGUUUAUUCUAUCUUAAUCCAUAUUGCACAUUGUUUCAAAAAAGGAGGAAAAACAUAUUGCACAUUGUUUCACAAAAACAAGCUGCAUUUUCAGUUUUGCACAAUGAUCCAAACAAGUUACAAACUGACUUCCAUUAUCUGUUGGUUUACAUACGUGACAGAGUUAGUACCAAGUUGCCAAAUUCAAAGAAAAGCUAAUUAUCUUUCUAAAAAAUUCCAACAAAUAGGUAUAUAAAGUUUAAUUAUUUUAACCACUGUUUUAUUAGAAUUGUGGAGAAACAAAAAAUAAUAAAAACUUCCUAUAUUUCAGUUUUUUCUCAUUUUUGCAAUUCAAUACUAUUGUAUUGAGAUUUUUUUUUUUCAUAUUUCUAUAGAG